AAUGAAAACAGUCACUUCGGAAACAGGCUUCCUGUUGAUCAUUAUCGCGGUUUCAUUUCACUAUGUGAUGUGCACAUUAGAUGUAAGUGACUCGCUGUAUAGGUUCCGAUGCAUUAAAGGAAAGUGUAUCAGAAAGCAUCGUGAGAGUCUGGGCGAUACUGAACAAUAUAUGGAAACACUGAACCAAUGUAGGUUACUUUGUGGCGAAUAUGGACCGUUGUGGCCAAUACCAACGGGACCGCUCCGAUUAGGUCAGGAAACUAAAGAAAUUAUUCCAGAUAAUAUUUCUUUCGACUACUCCAAUAGUCCCGAGGAAGCAGAAGUAAGAAGAUACCUGAAUGAAACGCAACGAAUUUUUGUGAAAACUUUGUUAAAGGAAUGUAACCGCAAUUGUAAUCACACAACAACAACAAACCUCUUCGUUUUCAUCAAUAUUCGUACCGGCGAUACGACUCUUUCAUGGUCAACAAAUGAAUCGUAUGAAUUGCACCUCAGAAGUAAUGAUGAUAAUAUAGAGGUGUAUAUAACUGCUCUGACCGUUUUUGGAGCUCGCCAUGCAUUGGAAACCCUGUCACAGUUGGUAGCUUCAAAAUACUAUCCAGAUGGAAAUUGUUUGCUAAUUUUAUCCACGGCUCACAUAAGUGACGGGCCUGUGUAUCCACAUCGUGGAUUUUUACUGGACGCGGCCAGAAAUUUUAUAUCCUUGAAUGCGAUCAAACGGCAACUCGAUGGAAUGGCUUCGGUCAAGCUGAAUGUAUUACACUGGCACAUUACGGACUCUCAAAGUUUUCCAUUGGAAUUGGUUAGUUUUCCGCUAGUAACGAAGCAUGGGGCGUAUUCAGGCAACCAAGUGUACAGUCAGCAGGAUGUUCGUAUGAUUUUUGAUUAUGCGAAACACCGAGGGAUACGAGUAAUUUUGGAGUUCGAUGCCCCUGCUCAUGCCGGAAAUGGUUGGCAAUGGGCUCCCUCGGCUGGUUUAGGUAAUUUGUCUGUUUGUGUCAAUGAACAACCAUGGCGCAAGCUUUGUAUUGAACCUCCCUGUGGCCAAUUCAACCCAGCUAAUCCAAACCUGUACACGGUACUUCAGGAAGUAUAUGCUGAUUUUGCCAAUCUCAUUCCGCCUGGAGAAAUCCUUCACAUGGGGGGCGAUGAAGUAUUUUUCGGUUGCUGGAAUGCUACACAGGAAAUUGUGGACUAUUUAGCCAAACAAAGGAAAGGACGAGAGCAGGAAGAUUUUCUAGAUUUAUGGGGUGAGUUUCAAAGCAAUGUUCUCGAGCUUUGGGAUCGGGCGCGUUUCGAUGAUGCUCCAUUGUCAACGAUUUUGUGGUCCAGCCAUUUAACCGAUCCAAAUGUUAUCGAAAAAUAUUUAUCAAACGGGCGGUAUAUCAUACAAACGUGGGUAGAAGGCGACAAAGAUUUACCCAAACAGUUGUUGAAAAAGGGGUACCGAUUAAUUAUUUCGACAAAAAAUGCUUGGUAUCUAGACCAUGGAUUUUGGGGUAUUACAAGCUACUAUAACUGGAGGAAAGUUUAUAAUAAUAGGAUUAUCAACAACAGCUUGGUUCUCGGAGGAGAAGCUUGUAUUUGGACAGAAUUCAUAGACGAGCAUUCGUUAGACUCGCGUACUUGGCCAAGAUUAGCAGCAGUAGGCGAACGAUUGUGGGCCAAUCCAAAUAUCGACGCAUCCAAGGUAGAAGCACGAUUCUAUCGCCAGCGAAAUCGUCUCAUCACGCGUGGUUUGAAUCCAGAAGCAGUAACGCCUUAUUGGUGUGUUCAGAAUGAAGGAGAAUGUCAAUAAAAUUUCAAGUUGGAUUUUACUGCUUGAUUUUCGAACAUCGUGAUUCCAAUAAGAAUGGUGUGAUUGGGACUGAACAUGAGAAAACGCAAAAGUUUGCGUUUGCUGACAGUUCUACCUUGGUGAAAAGCAGCUAUGUGUUGUUGUUUUUAUUAGCCAUUUCGGCUUGAUUGUCGCUGAAAAAUAAAUAGUGUGCAAAAAGUUA